UUACCUUCAGGAGAUGGCCUCUUCUAAGUCUUUGAUGAACCUUCUAACCUUCACUUUUGGAUCAGCAAUAGGAUUUUUUGUAUGCUACCUUCUGUUUAGCAUCAUACUAGAAGAACAGGUUAAGAUCCAGCCUCAUAUCCUUCACAAUGAUCCACAUGGUCAACACUCAGCAGAUAUGGAUAACAAUCAGCUGCAAGGACAAAUGAAUUUCAAUGCAGACUCUGGGCAGCAUAAAGAUGAGAAUAAAAAUAUUGCAGAGGGACUGUAUCAGAAGGUGAAAAUACUGUGUUGGGUCAUGACUGGACCUCAAAAUCUAGAAAAGAAAGCCAAGCAUGUUAAGGCCACUUGGGCCCAACGUUGUAAUAAAAUCCUUUUUAUGAGCUCUGAGGAAAAUAAAGACUUCCCAACUGUGGGCCUAGAAACCAAAGAAGGCAGGGACCAACUGUACUGGAAGACUAUUAAAGCUUUUCAAUAUGUACAUGACCAUUAUUUUGAUGAUGCUGAUUGGUUUAUGAAAGCAGAUGAUGAUACCUAUGUUAUAUUGGACAAUUUGAGAUGGCUUCUUUCAAAAUACAGUCCUGAACAACCAAUAUACUUUGGGAGAAGGUUUAAGCCUUACGUGAAACAGGGCUACAUGAGUGGAGGAGCAGGCUAUGUUCUAAGCAAAGAAGCUCUGAAGAGAUUUGUUGCUGCAUUUAAAACGAACAAAUGUUCUCACAGUUCCUCUAUUGAAGACCUAGCACUAGGAAAAUGCAUGGAGAUCAUUAAUGUGGAAGCAGGAGAUUCUAGGGAUACGAGUGGUAGAGAAACCUUUCAUCCCUUCGUUCCAGAACAUCACUUAAUCAGAGGAUACCUACCAAAAACAUUCUGGUACUGGAAUUACAAUUAUUAUCCUGCUGUAGAGGGUCCCGGAUGCUGCUCUGAUCUAGCAGUUUCAUUCCACUACGUUGAUUCUGUGACUAUGUAUCAUUUGGAAUAUUUGAUUUAUCAUCUCCGUCCAUAUGGGUAUUUGUAUCGGUACAAUCCUGAUUCAGCAAAGAAUCCAGAAGAGCAGAGCAAAAGUGAAGCACUGGAGGGUAAUCAAAAGCUAAAGCAAAAAAUUUCUGAGAAUUAA